AUGUCGGAAAAGCAUCAAACGUGGAUCGCCAGGUUUUCCUUAGCAACUUUCCUAAUUCUUUCUCUCACCAGAUGUGAUGCAGACCCCUCAGCCUUAGCCAACUAUGUUGUGGCACUAGUCAAGAAAGACAAACCAGAGAAAGAGCUCAAAGCCUUCUGUGCGGAUCAGCUGGACGUCUUUCUGCAAAAAGAAACUUCAGGUUUUGUAGAUAAACUCUUUGAAAGUCUGUACACCAAGAGUUACCUCCCUUCUCUUGAACCAGCAAAAGCAGAAGUGAAGCCUGCAACUCAGGAGAAAGAAGAAGUCAAGGAGGAGAACUUUCAAGAAUCACUUGAGGAAGAGCGAGAAAGCAGGAAAAAGAAGUAUUCUAGCCCACAGAGAAGCCGUACAGAUUCCAGUGAACAGAGAACCAGAGAAAAAAAGAGAGAUGAUGGAAAAUGGAGGGACUAUGACAGAUACUAUGACAGGAGUGACUUGUACAGAGACAAGUCUGGAUGGCGACGAGGCAGGAGUAAAAGUCGUAGUAAAAGCAGAGGGCUAAGUCGAAGUCGUAGCCGCAGCAGGGGCAGAAGCAAAGACCACGAAGCAAGCAGAAGUGCUGAGCAUAGGGAGAGAUCAAAAUUCAAGAGUGAGAGAAAUGAUGAAGGCUCCUAUAAUCCGGUUUCCAUAUCUCCCAGUAACUCUACUGAACAGUAUUCCUCUGCACAGUCUAUUCCCAGUGCUGUUACUGUAAUUGCACCUGCUCAUCAUCUUGAAAACACAACAGAGAGCUGGUCAAAUUUUUAUAACAAUCACAGCACUCCUGCCUCGUUUGGCAGAAAUCCUCCACCUAAAAGAAGAUGUCGAGAUUAUGAUGAGCGAGGGUUUUGUGUGCUUGGUGAUCUCUGCCAGUUUGAUCAUGGAAAUGACCCGCUAGUAGUGGACGAAGUGUCCUUGCCAAGCAUGAUUCCAUUUCCUCCACCACCUCUCGGCCUUCCUCCACCUCCUGGUAUGCUUCUGCCCCCCAUGCCAGCUCCAGCCCGCAAUAUGAGGAUGCCGGUUCCCCAGGCUCAUCCACAGGCACCACCUCCUGUUGUGCUUCCUGUACCAAGACCACCUCUAACACAGUCAAGUUUGAUAAGUAAUCGUGACCAGCCUGGGACAAGUGCAGUGCCCAGUCUUGCACCCGUAGGAGCAAGGCUACCUCCUCCUUUACCCCAGAACCUACUGUAUACAGUAUCAGAACAUACAUAUGAGCCAGAUGGCUAUAACCCUGAAGCUCCUAGUAUUACCAGUGCUGGUAGAUCUCAGUAUCGACAGUUCUUUACAAGAGCACAAACGCAGCGUCCAAAUCUAAUUGGCCUAACAUCUGGGGAGAUGGAUACAAAUCCAAGAGCUGCCAAUAUUAUCAUCCAGACUGAACCUCCCAUUCCCAUUACAAAUAAUAGCAGCAAUGUAACUAGAGUCGUGCUUGAACCAGACAGCAGGAAAAGAUCUCCAAGUAGUAUGGAAUGUCCAUCAUUAAAGAAGCCAUGGAUGGGAAAGCAAGCCAAUAACAGCCAGAAUAAGCCAGGAUUUUUGAAGAAGAAUCAAUAUACUAACACAAAGUUAGAAGUUCGAAAAAUUCCACCAGAAUUGAACAACAUUACACAGCUCAAUGAACAUUUCAGUAAAUUUGGAACUAUCGUCAACAUUCAGGUUGCUUUCCAGAAUGAUCCAGAAGCUGCUUUAAUUCAGUACUUAACUAACGAUGAGGCUAGGAAGGCCAUUUCCAGCACAAAGGCAGUUUUGAAUAAUCGGUUUAUAAGGGUGCUGUGGCACAGAGAAAGCGAACAGCAGCCCCCCUUGCAGCAGCAGCAGCAGCCGUCACCCUCACAGUCUCUUCAUCACCAGCUCCACCUUCAGCAGCAAGCCCUGACCCCAGCUCCACCUGUAACAGUACAUAGCAACAUGUCCAAGGUCAUGAAUAAACCGAUGGCAUCAGGUGCCUAUGUCCUUAAUAAAGUCCCAGUGAAACGCCGCCUUGGAGCAACAGGUGGAAAUCAGCCUGACUUAAGCCAGGCUGGGGCUGUAGUAGAGGAUACCCAGUCAUUUCCGACUUCUACAAGCCACUCAAAAAUGGUUUACAGUUCUUCAAACUUAAAAACAUCUAUGAAGCCUGGUGCAGGGUCUAAACCUCAUGAUGUGCAAGAAGCUCUUAAAAAAAAACAGGAGGCAAUGAAACUCCAACAGGACAUGAGGAAAAAGAAGCAGGAGAUGUUAGAAAAACAAAUAGAAUGCCAGAAGAUGUUGAUAUCCAAGCUGGAGAAGAAUAAGGCCAUGAAACCAGAAGAGAGAGCAGAAAUAAUGAAGACCUUAAAAGAACUAGCAGGAAAAAUAUCUCAAUUAAAGGAUGAAUUAAAAACUUCAUCUACAUCCUCUACCCCAUCAAAAUUAAAGUCCAAGACAGAGGCACAAAAGGAACUUUUAGAUGCAGAACUGGACUUUCAUAAGAGACUCUCUUCUGGAGAAGACACAACUGAAUUGCGAAAAAAACUAAACCAGUUACAAGUAGAGGCUGCACGUUUAGGCAUCUUGCCUGUUGGUCGAGGAAAGGCAACGCCUGUUCAAGGAAGAGGACGAGGAUGGGCUCGUGGUGGGAGGGGAAGAGGGAUGUUGAAUCACAUGGUGGUCGAUCAUCGUCCCAAAGCACUAACAGUUGGAGGCUUUGUUGAAGAGGAGAAAGAUGAAUUGUUACAGCACUUCUCUAAAUUUGGAGAUAUUGAAGACCUUCAAGAAGAAGAUUCCCCUCUAAGCGUUGUUCUAACUUUUAAAUCCCGCUCAGAAGCUGAGAAUGCUGCUAACCAAGGAUCCCGCUUCAAAGACCGAAGGCUGCAGAUAUCAUGGUACAAACCUAAGGUACCCUCUGUGUCCACAGAAAUUGAGGAAGAGGAGUCUAAAGAAGAGGAAACUGAAACCUCAGAUUUAUUUUUGCACGAAGAUGAUGAUGAUGACGACGAAGAUGAAGAUGAAUCCCGUUCUUGGAGGAGAUGAAAGUUCAUGUUGGAAAUGUAUAAUUUUAAGAGUAUAGUUCAAGCUACAUCUUUUAAACAUUUAUUUAAGAAAGUUGAUAAGCCAAAAAAGCUUUACUUUCUUUUCAAACCACAGAUUUAAAGCAAGCAAAGAUUGUUUAAAAAAAAAAAAACAUUUCGGAUAUGGAGCUGUGAUACUAAGAUAGCCAAAGGCCCAGAAACUUUUACAGAAUUAUCAAGUUUACUGGGGGUGAUGAUUUUCCUAUUUAAGAAGGAUAAAAAGAGAAAGAGAAAACAAAAAUAGUAUUUUCUUGUCCUCUUUUUGUGUCGCCUGUAUUACCUUGUUUUGGGUUUUUUAUAAUGUGAUUAUUUUGUUAGUUUAUAAUUGAAAAGAUGUUACAGAUUUUAUUUAGCAAUAUUAUAGGGUUGGGGGAAAAACACACAAAUCUCCAUUAAAUGUUAUAAAAGAAAAAAAAUGCCUCUUUUACUAAUUGAAAUACCGUAGCAUUUUAUUUCUUCUGUAAUGACUUACUGUAGAAAGUACUUGUGGCUAAGUUCACAAAUCAUUUAU